AUCAAUGGGUUCUUAAUUGCAGAGUUCAGUCAUCAGUGGAUCUCGACAUCUGUAUAAAUAGCACCAAUGGGUUGGGAUACCAGAAACCAUAUUCGUAUCUAGUGUUGUUGUUUAUGCUUGGCAUAUAUAUAGUUUAUUACUAGCUAUUAUUAGUAUUAUUAUACUACACAAGCCCAACGAAGAAGAAGGCGGAGGAGUGGAAGAAACCGGUGAUGGGAAGUAGAGCAAGCGAGCUGUACUUUGUGUUCAUGAACUUUGAUCCGGAAUACGAGCGUCUUCGAGCUGAUCGAACAAAACAAGGGGCUUACGAGCUUGAUUUGUAUCUAAGUAACAAGCACGAUCAGUUGUUAGCUUCCACGCUGGAACCGGGGACAUAUAACAAGAGAUUCUCGUUGGUUAUUGUUGAUGGGUUUGCCGUAGAAAUUACUGAUGAUCAGGCCAACAUGCUUAGAUCUGCCAAGGGAGUGAGGGUUGUAGAGAAGAACCAAGAGCUUGCUUAGUGUAUGUAAGAAGAGAGAUAAAUCUGCUACACAUACUCCUUGUGACGGGGAGGUGGUAUGUGUUGGCAUGAUGAUUUGUAACUAUAUAUGUUGUUUAAUUUAUAUAAAGAGCACUUGCGUCUUGAGUUUGUUAAA